CGCUCAGGCUUCCUGUUUUUUCUUUUUUUUUUUUUUUUAUUUAAGUUGUCUGACCCACAGUUCUGACAAAGAUUGUGGGUUUUAUUCUUUUCCAUACUUAACUAUCAUAUAUCUCACAUUUAGUGCUGACAAAUCUGGUCCUUCGGAAAAUUACUCCCAGAAGGCUUGUAGAAACUGCCACAAAAAAAAUAAAUAAAAAGUUGCAAUUUGAUCCUCUCAGACGUGUUGCAAGUCUAAGUUUCCGUGCAGGGACGGGCCACCGGUCCAGAGACCAGGACGGUCUGUAGUUCUGUUAGUGUGAGGCAGAAGACAGAUCCAGGAACAGCGGGCCAGGGUCAGAACCCAAGACAGACAGAUAAGCUCAGACAGACGUAGCGAUCAGGGCUGGACCUGAAACAGGUCCAAGGAACCAGAUCCGGUCCAGCAUAGCAGUCCCAGGAGAACUGGUGGAGACCGGUAUCUGCAGGGAGACCACAAACCCACUCUGGUGAGAGUGAGAGCUGCAGACGCUUUAAAUAGAAGAGGAAGAGGUGAGGAUGAUGAGGGGGAUCAGCUGGCAGGAAACUCUUCAUCUCCCUCCAGAAGGUUCUUCAUGGACCGCUGUAGUCGCUGUGAGGUCGGGGUUUGUCCGUACCACCGUAUCUCCGGUAUCUCCGUCCUGCGUUUAAUGUGGAAGCUUCAAGAAUCCUGACAGACGUGUUUCUGAACUGUGGAGUUUCUGAGUGAACGUGAGGGAAGAUCCUGGAAACGCCAGGCAGAAAGAACCGGGCCAGGAUUUGGACCAGGAACCUUGUGACUGUGAAGCUCCAGUGUUGCCCACCACCCCCCCCUGAACGGAGGAGGAGAAAACACUCAUCUAGAUGUUUAUCUGUGUUUUAUUCUUUCUCCAGGUGGGAGCGCUGCAGUUUGUCAGAGAUCAGAUGUCGUCCUCUGGUCUCAGUUCUGGAGUCCAACCCGUCUGAUCUGGAACAUCUGGACCUGAGUGAGAACAAGCUGCAGGAUUCAGAUGUGAAGCAGCUGUGUGGUUUCCUGGGUGGUCCAGACUGCAGACUGGAGACUCUGAGGUUGGAGAGAUGCUUGAUGUCAGAGAUCAGCUGUUCUUCUCUGGUCUCAGCUCUGAAGUCCAACCCCUCCCACCUGAAACAUCUGAAACAUCUGGACCUGAGCAGCAAUACAACCUGCAGGAUUCAGGAGUGAAACAUCUGUGUGGUUUCCUGGAGAGUCCAGACUGCAGACUGGAGACUCUGAGGUUGAAGUGGUGUGAUCUGUCAGGGAUCAGCUGUUCUUCUCUGGUCUCAGCUCUGAAGUCCAACCCCUCCCACCUGAAACAUCUGGACCUGAGUGGGAACAACCUUCAGGCUGCAGAUGUGCAGCAGCUGUCUGCUCUGCUGCAGAGUCCACACUACUACCACCAUAUAUAUAUCCACACUACCACCAUAGAACUCGGAAAAGGUUCGUUUAUUGACCAACGUGGUGAUGCAGUGUCCAACUCUCACCAGCAGAGGGCGCUGCACUGUGUCCGGGGACAAUGGAAGUCUCGCGGGAUUACACUGUGA